CGAAAAUAGCCUAUAUAAUUCCGCACACCAAUGUCACGCGAGAUGGCGCUUGUGGCUUAUCGGAACCUGUUGCGGUCAGCGCGCGUCGCCUUCCAAGGUGACAUGAACACUUUGUUUGCUGCCCGCGCCGAAGUCCGCAGGAAUUUCGAAUCGAACCGGAGCCUCACGGCCGGAAGCGACGAGCUCUCGAAACAACUCACACACGCCGAGGAGGUCGCAAAGUUCCUGAGGGAGAAUGUUGUGCAAGGACAAGCCGCUGACGACGAGGGCAGCUACAAGCUGCGGAUACACGAACAUACCGAGCGAGGAAAUAACGAGGAUAUCAGGAAGGGAAAGGGAAAGAGUACAUUGGGUCGAGUCAAGUGCUGCUCGUCCUAGACUUUUGCUGCCCAAUAAUGAAAUGAUACCCAUACCAAUCAUAG